AUGCGAAAACAGUGGAAUCCAGAUUGUGACGACAAGUCUUCAGACAUUCCCAUUACGGUAAAUCGGCUCCAAGCCCUCGUGGAGACACUGCAAUCGGCAGAGGACAACAGAAUGACUGCCAUGGCAUGUUUCGUGAGAGGGUCCGAUGGCGAAGCUGAGGGGACCCGCCGCCGAUUAACGGAACAGAUGCAAGCUGCCGAGAAGAAGAAAUACGGAGGCUUACAAAAGAUUGGAUUUUCCGAGCUUGUAGACGUUUUUAAUACUGGAAGGUGGGAGUCAUGUGCAUUAUCAGACGACGGCAUAAAUUACGACCUACCCAUCGAUGAACGGUGUGAGAGGAUGAUCAAGUGGAUGAUUUUCAUACAAGGCGUAUCAGGGGAGCGCAUGAAGCAGCUUGAGGCGUGCAAGGCUCAAGUCAGGAUAUUGUGGCGUGCGUGUCAAUUAGGUCUCGGCUGGAGCCCUUCAGAGACACGGGAAUACGCAGGCACAUUUGACAAGCUGGCAUACCAAGGCAAGGAUGGAAUAUUGUCGCCCGCAAGCCAACUGGAUUUUCUUAUGCGUUUCAUUAUGGAUAGAAUAUCACAAGCGGCCACGGUGAGGCUCCUGCAGAAUCCCGCUGCCAGACAGGAUCCCACUAAGGCUCUAGUGUCGAAUGAACGUGGUGGUUCAGGGAAUCCGAGCGUCAUCACUUCAGUGACCGAGCAAAUGAACAACGAUGGCUUACUGGUGGACUCCUUGGUGCCGCGUGCGAACUUAAAGAACACAUUGUCAAAAUCCAUACAGAAGAAGUCACCCCAUGAGACCAAAAAUACGGUCUCAGAUGGCGCGGGUAUCGGUGCCGACAGAUCUGCACCGGCCAGGGAAAUGAGGGCCGUGGAACAGAUCACGUCAACGAAUGGGCCCAAUCUACGAAAUCGUCAGCAGUUGAAGGGAUUCCUGUCAAAGUUACAGAAACCGGCAUCUACUGGGAACGAUUUCUUCGCCUCAAAUGAAAUUCCAGUUGGAGACGCGCCAUUGAAUGGGCAGGAGUCCAGUACAAUAGAAACAAUGCUUCUGAUUAUCGAUGCAAAAUUGACGAUCAACGCAGAAGAAUCAGAAGCCGAAUGUGGCAGAAUUUUUGGAUCAGCAAGGCUGGCAGGCUUAUAUUGCGAAGAAUUUGUCAAUUGUUUGAAAGACGGCGGAUUUUCAAUAACAGAAGUCGACAAAAACUUGAGUAAAGCCACGCUCAGAUGGCUUGCAUACAAGCCAGUAAUACAGCAAACAGUGUCUGUCACGGUGCAGCUUGGGCAAUGCUCCAAACAGAUAAUGAACCUAUACGUGACUUGCCGUGAAAGCAAGGAGCUUCAUGAAUCCAGAGUGGACGAAAACAGCGUAGAUCUCAUAUCAGGGGAUGCGGCCGAUGAGACUGCGAUUUGCGACGAGAAACAACCGCCCCACAAGCGACUCGAAUGGCUAGUACAGUUCAUGGCGAAACGAUCCGGCAACACAGAUACAUGGUCGAUGGUUCGGCCAAGCUGGGACAGUUGGAUCGCCUCCACCAACGGAGAUCUAGCGGUGAGCAUGCUCAACACCAUCGAGUCGUGGUACCGGGAUGGCGGAGUUACCUUGGAGCUGGGUGCCGUUAAAGAGGCAGCGAGUCGUCGGGUGUAUACGUCGAAAGGACGUCGUCCUCAAUUAACUUCCGGAGAGCCCGACGACAUACCCGACACUAUACCUGACGAUAUUCCGGACGCUAUACCCGACAACAUACCCGACAACAUGCUUGGCGAUAUAGGAAUACUAUGCGAGAUCCCCUUUAAGGUUAAGAGCGUCAAGGUCUACUCACGGGGCUAUCGGCUUUUUCUGGUUGACCAGUCUCGUGAGCCUCGUGAGCCUCGUGAACCACAUGUGCCAUUAAAGGAGUGGGCGGUGGGACUUAGCGCGAUUUUAAGAGAGGGAACUGCCGAGGAAUCGGAGCAAAAUGCCAAGUAUUUCUGGAGCAUAUUCUCUAAUUCUCUACCGAAAUACCUAAACAAAAAGGAACCAUUUGUUGAGUUUCCCGAUGAUGUUACGGAGGAGGAGGAUCUCCCUCCUAGCAUCAGAUUUCAGGAAAUAAUGACAGAGGACAUGGGAUGGAAAGCCGAUGUGGAACGUGAGCCAUAG